AUGAUCCCGGACGAGGGCCCGGUACGAUCCGCCGCUGCGCCGGACGCAAUCUCGCAAAGGGACUUUCGGACCGGCAAUCUCACAAAGGGACCUUCGGAACGGGGCCAGUAUACGGGCAAGCUGGGCAAGUCGGCCGAUGAGAGCAUUGUCCAUGCGACCCCCAAGUACCAACUAACUCUACCCUUUGUCUCGUUUCUGGCUGGUUCUGGCAUGAUGAAGCUCUCCGUGUCUGCCCUCUUCACGGGCCUCUUGGCGGCCUCGGCCAAUGCUGCCGGCAGCAUCAAUCGCGUCCCGGACAAUGAGUGGGAUCACAUCCUCCACGGCUCGGACAUCCUGAGCCGGCGAGACGGCGAGACGGUCCAUACCGACGCCUACCUCGCCGACUACUCGAUGCGCUCGCGGAUCGUGGACCCCUCCGCACUCGGCGUCGACACGGUCAAGCAGCUGAGCGGUUAUAUUGACGACAAUGAGCAGGACAAGCACCUGUUCUUCUGGUUCUUCGAGUCCCGCAACGAUCCCGCCAACGACCCCGUCGUCCUCUGGCUCAACGGCGGACCCGGCUGCUCCUCCAUGCUGGGCCUCUUCACCGAGCUCGGCCCGUCCCGGAUCAGCCGCUCGACCGGCAAGCCCGAGCACAACGCCUACGCGUGGAACAACAACGCCUCCGUCAUCUUCGUGGACCAGCCCGUCAACGCCGGCUUCUCGUACAGCGGGCGCAACGAGGGCACCAGCGCGGCCAGCGCCCGCGACCUCUACUCGCUGCUGGCCUUCUUCUUCCAGCAGUACCCGCAGUACGCCAAGCAGGACUUUCACAUCGCCGGCGAGUCCUACGCGGGGCACUACAUCCCGCUCGCCGCCAAGGAGAUCCUGUCCCACCAGGGCCGCGUCAACCUCAAGUCGGUGCUCAUCGGCAACGGCCUGACCGACCCGCUCACGCAGUACGAGUACUACCGCCCGACGGCCUGCGGCGAGGGCGGCUACCAGGCGGUGAUGCCGCAGCAGAUGUGCCAGCAGAUGGACCAGGUGCUGCCGCAGUGCCUGGCCUGGAUCGGCCAGUGCUACAAGACCGAGGACGUCCAGAGCUGCCAGUGGGCCACGGAUGUGUGCAACCGCAUGUCCGGGAUCUACGCCCAGACCGGGCUCAGCUACUACGACAUCCGCAAGCAGCAGUCGGACCCGGAGCCGCCCGAGCUUAACCGGUUCCUCAACGACCCGCAGACCAUGAAGGCCAUCGGCGUCGAGCGCAAAUGGGGCAUGUGCAACUUUGAACAGGUCUACAACGCCUUCCUCAAGACCGGCGACUGGAUGAAGCCCGGUCCGGUGCAGGCCGUGCCCGACGUGCUCGCCCAGGUGCCCGUGCUCGUCUACGCCGGCGACACCGACUACAUCUGCAACUGGCUCGGCAACCAGGCGUGGACCAAGGCGCUCGAGUGGCCCGGCAAGGCCGCCUUCAACAGCGCCCAGGAGCAGCCGCUGAGGCUCGCCGGCGGCGGUGGCGCGGGCAGUUGCGGCAAGGAGUACGGCAAGGUGACGCGCGCCGGGAACCUGAGCUUCAUGCGCAUCUACGGCGCGGGGCAUAUGGUUCCGGAGGACCAGCCCGAGGCGGCCCUGGACUUCUUCAACCGCUGGAUCGGAGGUGAAUGGAGCAAGUGA